AUGUUUUUUGUUCAGAAACCCACGAAAUAUCUAGCAAAACAUUUUUACAUCACCGUUGAUACUUCAAAUGGGAUAUAUACUGCAAACAAUGUGCGAAAAACGAAUGAAUCGAUCUAUACAAAUCAAGCUAUUCGUGUAAACCUUGCGAAACUCGUAGAAGUACUUGAAGAAGAUAAACUGCGUAUUGAUAUAAAAACACGUGUUGUUGGUAGUAGUACAAACGAAACAGUAGAGGCUGAUCCUCUAUGGGAAGCAUGGAGAGACAAAUUGUAUAGGUCUAUAGUGUCACCACGUGGCUGUCCAGCUCGUAAACUAUACACAAGAUAA